CCCACCCCUGUGGUCACUUACUCCAAAGGCCCAGACCUUCAAAGUGCAGAGACCCAGCCACCGCGCCUUUCUUUUUGCCCUGAGAAAGGAGAAGAAAUGAAAGUGGGGGGUGUUCCCAUCACUCCCCAGAAGGAGUGUGCCUGGGUCGCGAUCUGCAGGGAUGGGAGGCUGCUGGCUGUUACCCUCCUGCUGUCCCUGCUGUCCAGCGGCCUCACGGUGGUGUCCUUAUACCGGUUUGCUGCUCUGCAAGCAGACCUGAUGAGCCUGCGCAUGGAGCUGCAGGGCUACCGGGGCGCACUGGCACCAUCCGCCCCGGGGGCUCCAGGGGCCACCGAAGCAGCCAAACUCCUGGCACCGGCGGCUCCGCGAGCCCACAACUCCAGCAUCGGCCACAGGAACAGACGCUCUUUCCAGGCUCCGGAGGAAACAGUCACUCAAGACUGUCUGCAACUGAUCGCGGACAGUGACACACCGACGAUCCGAAAAGGAUCUUACACGUUUGUUCCGUGGCUUCUCAGCUUUAAAAGAGGAAGCGCCCUGGAGGAAAAAGAGAACAAAAUAGUGGUGAAGCAAACGGGUUACUUCUUCAUCUACAGCCAGGUUCUAUACACAGAUACUAUCUUUGCCAUGGGACAUCUCAUCCAGAGGAAGAAAGUGCACGUCUUUGGGGACGAGCUGAGCCUGGUGACCCUGUUCCGAUGUAUUCAGAAUAUGCCGAGAACACUGCCCAACAACUCCUGCUACUCGGCUGGCAUCGCGAAACUGGAAGAAGGAGACGAGAUUCAGCUGGCCAUCCCUCGGGAGAACGCGCAGAUUUCCCGGGACGGAGACGGCACCUUCUUCGGGGCCCUGAAACUGCUGUGACCCACUCACUGAAUCGUGUGGCCCCUUCGCUCCUCUCCUCCGUACCUCCGAGGGGAACAUGAACAACUGGAAAUACCAAAAGAGGGCGAGCCACCACCAGACCUUUGCUUGUGAGCUGUUUAUUUUGGUUCACUGAGUCUGGUCCAACCCAGGAAAUUUGAGAGACAACCACAAUCAAAGUCUGUCGUGUGAAUGACGAGAAAUGGAGCCCUCAUUCUUAAAGCCAAGACCCGGGAGGCAGGCUGUGCUCCACAGUCUAAGCCAACAUGCACCAUGCCCUCGGGUCUCCUCUGGAAACACACGGUUCAGAAGGCCGGGAGAUUUCCUUAGAGGUGGGCUUUCGUAAUUCGCAGUGAGAAGAGGGUCCGUAUCUGUGGGUCAUUGAAACAUUCAUGCAAAGUCUCAGGAUUUAUCUUCUCUUUUCACAUUAAAUAGACUCUUCUCUUUUCCAGUUAACACUA